AUGACACCCCAUGGUACCCCAACCCAACGCAAUAUAUCUUCCCCCCUCCAAAAGCCGCGGCUCCACUCCCGGCACCGCCGCAAACCAGGACCAGAUAAAUUCAGCGCGGUCCUCGGAAAAAAGGGCGCGGCGUUUGAUGAGGCUGGAUGCAACGGCUCCGUGUUGGAUUAG